AUGCGACAGUCCCCGCGCAGCCUCGCUGCUGCUGCGGAUUCUAGCAGCAGCAGCAGCAGCAGCAGGGCUUCCCCAGCAGCACCUGGAGGGAAGGGUUCAGUUGUCACCCAAGCAUCCAGCGGCCGUUUUGCAUCUGCAUCAACAGCAGCAGGUGGUAACUCCCAGCAGCAGGGCCAUGUGGGGCUGCCACGUCGCGGCAGUUCUUCUGCUGCCUCCUCUCCUGCUGCAGGGCCAUUAGCACCCUCGCUAGCCGCAGCGAUCUCAGCAGCAGGAGCAGGAGCUGCGGCACCAGUAACAGCAAACUCUGGAGCAGCUCCAGGAGGAGCAGCAGCAGCAGCGCCAGCAGCAGCAACAGCAGCAGCGCCAGCAGCAGCAACAGCAGCAGCGCCAGCAGCAGCAACAGCAGCAGCUCCAGCAGCAGCAGCAGCAGCAGCAGCAGCAGCUCCAGCAGCAGCAGCAGCAGCAGCGCCAGCAGCAGCAGCAGCAGCAGCGCCAGCAGCAGCAGCAGCAGCAGCGCCAGCAGCAGCAGCAGCAGCAGCAGCGCCAGCAGCAGCAGCAGCAGCAGCAGCGCCAGCAGCAGCAGCAGCAGCAGCGCCAGCAGCAGCAACAUUAGCAGCAGGGGACGAUGUAGAGUGCAGUGUAUGUCUUGUCAAGGGUUCCGAACCCCACAACAGCAUCGUUAUCUGCAGCGGGUGCGGUGCAGCAGUUCAUCAGUAUUGUUAUUCUCUCUUUACGUUGCCACAGGCUCCCUGGUUCUGCUGUCUAUGCAGCUGGAAGCAGAAGCAACAGCAACUGCAGCAGCAGCAGCAGCAGCAGCUGCAGCAGCAUCAAGGGCCGUUGGCUGUCGCGGCAUCUGCCGUUUCCUCCGGCGAUGGCGGAAGCAGCACAACUGUAGGUUCUGCGCACAAGCGGCCAGCAGCAGCAGCGGCGAGCAGCAGCAACAGCAACAACAGCACCACCAGCACCAGCACCAGCUGCAGCGGGGAAGAAGUAUGUCGUCUGUGCCUGCGUGGCGGUGGGGCUAUGCGAGUAGGAGAAGAGCGUUUGUGGGUGCACAGCUGCUGCGUGCUGUAUGCUGCCGGGGGUCCUUACUUUGUGCAGCAGCUGCAGCUCGACAGUCCUGCUGCAGUUGCUGCUUCUGUCUCCCUUGCUGCAGCAAUGGGUUGGCGCUGCUGCAUCUGUGGGGCGGGAGGCUUCCCUGUUGUCUGUUCCUUCCCCGGCUGCAGCCGCCGCAUGCAUGUAACAUGCGCAAAGGCAGCAGGCUGCUGCUGCUGCUGUUGCAGUGUAUGGACGGGGGAGACGGAAGGCUUAGGACAAGACAUGACAUGGAGGGCUGUCUUCUGCCUUCAGCACAGCAGCAGAGAUGCUGUCAGCAAGGCGCGAUUAGCUCUUAAAAAACAAGCUGCUGCUGCUGCUGCUUCUCCUGCAGCACCUGCUGCUGCUGCUGCUGCGCUUCCCCCGGCCCAUCAUCCGGCUAAUCCUUCAGGGGCUCCUGCAGCAGCUGCUCAUGCUGCAUCUGCUGCUGCUGCGACUCCGGCGGCUCCAACUGCACGGGCGGAAGCUGCAAAUAAUGCAGCAGCGGCAGCUGCUGCUGCUGUUGCUGCUGCAGCAAGUACAGCCACAGCUGCUGCUGCUGGCGACGAUCCAACACACAGGCUGCACCAGCUCCAGCAGCAGCAGCAGCAGGAUGCUGCAGCUGAGCUACACCGUCAACAGCAGCAGCUGCAGCAAACCCUUGCAUCUACCCCUCAGCAAAUGCUUGCUGCUGCCCGAGACCUUGCGGGACAACAACAGAAGCUGGCUCUUACGCCGCAGCAGCAGCUGUUUGUCCAGCAGCAAUACCUGCAGCAGCAGUUCUUACAGAAACAGUAUUUACAGCAGCACUUGUUGCAACAGCAUUUGCUGCAGCAACAACUGCUGCAGCAGCAACAGCAGUUACUUCAGCAACACUACUUGCAGCACAAGCAGCAGCACCACGACCCUAUGGUAGCAGCAGCGGAUGCGGCGACAGCAGCUGCUGCAGACGCAACGGAUUCCUCUACUGCCGCUGCCGAGACAGCAGCAGCAGCAGCAGCUGCUGCUGCUGCGGCGGCGGCAGCGGGUCCAGCAGGGGGUUCGCCGAAUGCAUGCCUUGGAGCUCAUUCGUUGCCGACUUUCGGCUCAUCUGAAGCAACAGCAGCAGCAGCCGAUGGCCAGCAGCGAGGAUUCACGCAGACGCAGCAGCAGCAGCUACAGCAGCUGCAGCAGCAGCACAAACAGCAAGCCGUGCGACUUGGGGCUUCGCCAGGACCGACCCCAUACCCUGCUGCUGCCGCCGCCGCUGCUGCUUCGCUGCUGCGCGACCCUUUGCAACAGGGCCGCUGGUCGCCUCUGUUGCCUGUGCUGUCACCGCAGCCCCUUGGAGCAGCAGCCGCAGCCCCUGCAGUUGCGGCAGUAGCAGCAGGUGCCAUGGCCGCAGCAGCACCAGCACCGGCAGCAGCAGCAACAACAGCGGGAAUGCCAGCAGCAACAGCAGGAACAGUAGCAGCAGGGACGCCAGCGGCAGCAGAGUGCGUUGGCGCGGUAGGAGGAAUGGCUGCGACAAGAGGGUUGCGGGCUCGAGGGCGUCAGUCAACAGUUGCUUCAACGCCGCAGCAGCGUGGCAGCAAGUGUUUCUCUCAGACCUCCGAUGCAGGAGUAGAGACAUCUGCUGCAGCAGUAGGAGCAGCUGCGGCGUCUUCAGUUGACGGCAUGGGUGCUGCAUCAGCUGGAAGCACGCCAGCAGCAGCAGGGCAUGGUGGAAGCGGGCGCGACACGGCAAAAGGCCCGUGUAGCAGCACUUCAAAGAAGUCUCCUAGCACCGGCUCCAACAGCAGCAGCAGUAGCAGCAGCAGUAGCAGCAGCAGUAGCAGCAGCAGCAGCAGCAGCAGCAGCAGCAGCAGCAGCCGCGGCAGUCGCGUCCAGUGGAGCCGCUUCGAUGGCCUCUUUCGCCGUGUCCCCUUAGGGCCAUUUGCUGCUGAGGUGUCUCGUACUUUUAAGGAAGGAGCAGAGAGGCAGCAGGCGCUGCAGGAAGCAAAAAACAUCGAAGCAACUUUGCUGCAGCCCGCUUGCUGCCCUGCUGCAGCAGACUUGCUGCUGCCAGCAGAAGAAGACCUCAAGGCCCUGCAGCAGCUCCUCGACUUGCACGCGCAGAUCUUGAACGAGGCCCGCCAAAAGGCUGCAGCAAGGAAUCAAGCCGCCGCCAGCAACAGCAGCAGAAGCAGUAGCGGUAGCAGCAGCAGUAGCAGCAAGGCGCCAGUAGAUUUCGAUACGCCAAUUACAGCGUUGAUUGAUUUCGGCUCGGUCGCCGCUUGGUGCUGCUUCGAGUUCAAACGGGACCCCAAGGGAGGCACAGAUGCUGCUGGACAGCUGCUAGACAGCCUCUGCAGCAGCGGCAAAACUGCUGCCCACAGCAGCGGCAGCAGCAGCGAUUGCAGCAACGGGAACUUCGUGCUGGACGAUGCAGCUAUAAGAGAAUAUCUCCGUAAAGUCGUGGCGCCCGCGCUUGCGCAGCAGAAAGGCGAGGGGGCAGCAGCAGCUGCAUCUCCCGCUGCUUCUGCAGCAGCAGCAGCAGCAGAAGAGGAAAGCCCACGCAGCAGCAAAUAUGAAGCCCUCGCUUCGCAGUUGUGUGUCCGCGAAUUUAGAGUCCUUACCAGCUACCAGCUGGCUUUCUGUCGCCGCCACCUUCAGCGGGUGCAGCUGACAGCAGAUGGAAAAGCUAUUAACCUCAAGGCCCUGCUGCAGCAGCAGCUGCAGCAGCAGCAGCAGCGGCAGCAAGAAGCAGCAACAGGCAGCGCCAGUCAACUCCCAGCAACCGCCGAAGCAGAAGGAGCGCGCAAGAAAGUCGGCUCCUUACAAGGUGCUUCGGCAGAAGCAGCGGCAGGUGCUGCUCCAAAUUCAGAGAGUGUAGUAGCAGCAGCGAAAACGCCGGAAACAGCAAGAAAAGGAUCUUCUGCUGAGGGGAACCCGGAACGUGGGGCACCUCGAGGCGUCGAGAGCAAAGACAUGCAUGUAGACUCCGAAGGGGCCAAAACAGAGCAGCAGCAACCGCAACAGAAGCAGCAGAAGCACUUAAGCCAGGAAUCCAUUGGCAGCACCUGCAUCAAUGACGCAGCAGCAGCGGCGGUCUGCCCCACCUCAUCGCCGUCCGCCGGAAAAGGAACACCAACAGUUCCCCCUGCUGUACUCCCUAGCAGCAGCAGUGGAAGCGGCGGCGGCGCAGGUGCAGCAUCAUUAGUGGAGGUUGCGGGUCAUCGAUGGUAUUGGGGAUCUGGAGCAGACAGCAAGGAGACAGGAGACUUUGUUGGUAGCCAAUGCAUGCAAUUCUUGCAGGUUAGCCGCGUAUUAGCGCGUGACUUGGGUCGUUAUAAGGCGGCCUUGCUAAGAAAUUUGUUAGAAGAAAAUCAGACAGCGCUGCGACUUGUAGAGAGGGCAGACGUCCUAGAAGAUCUGCUGCAGCGAUAUGGGGAGAUGGAACGCUGGGCACACCUAAGACAGGCUGUAUGUGCAGGACUCAAGGACCUGCCGAUGCCACCCUUCCUACCCGCUGCCACCCAAUCGCUCCAGCAUCAGCAGGUGCAGCAGCAGCAGGUGCAGAUGCGGGCGAUUGAGGGGAGAAACGCACAUACACACAUCCCGACACAACUGCAGGCCCCCGCUGCUGUAGCGGUGCCCCUGCAGAAACGAGAUACGAACAACAGCAGCAAUGACAGAAACAACAACGAGACGCCGACACCAGAAGCUAUGCAGGCAGUCGCGCAGCGUCUUGCAGCAGCAGCAGGAAGGAAGCAGCCCACAGAGCCAGAACAAGAGUUGCUGCAGCUGCAGCAGCGGCGGCAGCUGUUCAAUCCGAAGCCAGAGCCGGUAGCAGAUGAGGGCCCCCCUGGAAGCGACGUUGCCGAGGCAGUAGAAGCAGCAGCAGCUGCUGCUGCAGCAGUAGCUGCGGCGUCUGAUCCCGCCAGUGCAGCAGCAGCUGCUGCUGCUGCUCUGCGAUUGUACGAGCAGCAGGAGGGAACUCUCCCCAAAGAGAAUUCUACGGUUUCCCCGAGGCCUCCACUGACUGCUUCUCAAACCCAACAGAUCGUCAACGCAACAGUACCCGGGCUGCUGCGGAAACCCCAGCUGCAGCAGCAGCAGCAGCUAAGGGACCGGCAACACCGAGUGUUGUUUCUGGCUCGGUGUCGACCGUUUCUGGUGUCAGUAGGGCGUUGGCUGUGCCUAGCAGUAGCAGCAGCGGCAGCGGAGGCAGCAUAA